CUGGUAGGGGAGGGCAGGGGGUGGAGGAUGGUGUGGUUCCACCGAGGUUAGUCCUUUAAACCGAGCUUUGGAGCGGACAGACAUUUUCAUCCGGUUUACACUCACACUCACAGCUGAGCAACAAGGUAAAGAAAAGAGGAAGAAGGUCCAGCAGAAGUGAAGUUCAGCAGUCAUAAUGGCAGACGAAGCGGACAUGCGCAAUGAGCUGGCCGACCUGCAGACACGUGCAGACCAGAUCACCGAUGAGUCCCUGGAGAGUACUCGGCGUAUGCUGGCUCUGGUCGAGGAGAGUAAAGAUGCCGGCAUCAGGACUCUGGUCAUGUUGGACGAGCAGGGAGAACAACUGGAGCGCAUCGAGGAGGGGAUGGACCAAAUCAAUAAGGACAUGAUGGAUGCAGAAAAGAAUUUGAACAAUCUAGGACAGUUCUGUGGUCUAUGUUCAUGUCCCUGUAACAAGAUAAAGGGCAGUGGUCAGGCCUGGGGAUCGAACCAGGACGGAGUGGUGAACAGCCAGCCGGGGGCUCGUGUGGUAGACGAACGUGAACAGAUGGCCAUCAGUGGGGGCUUCAUUCGCAGGGUAACGGAUGACGCCCGGGAGAACGAGAUGGAUGAAAACCUGGAGCAAGUGGGCGGGAUCAUUGGCAACCUGCGUCACAUGGCCUUAGAUAUGGGCCAGGAGAUAGACACCCAGAACCGCCAGAUAGAAAGGAUCAUGGACAAGGCUGACUCCAACAAGACUCGGAUUGAUGAGGCCAACCAACGUGCUACAAAGAUGCUGGGCAGUGGCUAAACGGCAGCUCAAAGUGCUCUCAUCCCCAUUAAACCCCAGUGACACCAACCAAACCACAGGCCCUGCCCCCGACACCGAAUGCCGACAGCGGGCGCUGCAAAGUCAUGCUUUUUAUUGUGAUACUGGUAGAAGUUUGCACACAUGCACAUAUCAAACAUGGCUUCCCUUCCCUGCUCCUCGCCUCCACCUCCCGUCUGACUCCCCAACCUCGCCGUCAGUGUUGCUCUGGGAUUUUACUUCUAUGGUUUUGCUAAUGAAUAGUUCAGUUGAGCAUCUUCCACUCCAGUCUUAUCCACACUGUAAAUAGUCCAUCCUUAAUGGCUUCUGUGACUUAGAUCACUCAUCACCUUCUUUUGAUUUUUUUUUUUAACUCUUUGUGU